CCCGAGCUGCUUCGUUCUGCUAAAGGUCGUGCUCAUCGCCAGUAACGGCGACGGGAAUCAUCAACAAACUAAUUUCAGUCUUGGCUUGGUUUUAAAAUCUUUCUGGUAAUCGCUGGACACGUUGUGCAAUUGAACAUCGCCAGAACAGCCGAAGGAUCUCCGACCUUUUUAUAAAGCCCUAACUCAGCUGUGCGCAUGCCUCGCCGCACCUCUGCUCGCCUUACAUCUUCAGCGACUCCACAAGCCUCUUCAGUUUCUUUCCAGCUUCCUGCUCAAGAUGCAGAUCCCAGUAUCCUUCCCCUCAGACGACACUGGAAAUGGGCUGCCUUCAGCCAGUUUUUCUUCACAUUUAAUACACUCUUUGCCAUGAAUGACGUGACCUUGAUCGACAUCGAGAAUGACCUCGCUUACUCUACAAACCGUGUUCUGUCACGCAUCAUGACACGAUUGCUUGUCACCUUAACGCAGGACAGAAAAAUAUCCAUUGAUAAUUGGCAAACUGCAUUGCGAAAACAAUAUAUGAGACGCGACCCAGAUGCAAAUCCCAUAGGACCAAUUCAGCAAAUAUACGUUAAUGUAGCAGAGUCCUCCCGCGCAUCCACUGCUCCCCCACUCCCAUCUGAAACGGCAGAAGAAUUGGUUCAGGAGGAGGCGAAGAAAAACGUGGCGCAUGAAGACGGAGCAUCUGUGGACGGUGAUGCCGUCCCAGACGAUUCAGCGGAUGCAGUCGAGGACAAGUCGGAGGAACCCAAGAUCGAUGAAUCAAAGGAUGAGGUCGUUGCAUCUUCCUCAGAGGCUUUACAGGACUCCGAGGAGCUACAGCAGCAAAUUGACUGGCUCGACCUGCCUACAAUCAAGAAAUUGGAGUCCUUGCACACUCUUAUCGAGUGGCAAUUCCAUAACCCUAAUCGUCUACGUACUCAAAUGAAAGACGACGACGAGAAUGCUCAAUGGCGCAUAGAGCCAAUAGGGUACGACGCCAAGCGUAAUGCCUAUUGGUUAAUAGGUGCUGACCGUCUAUGGCUUCAACGCGAACCUCCGCGUCCAACCCUCAAGCGCAAGCGCCUCGCAAAUACAAAUACAUCGAAAUCCACUGGUAGAAAGCCUUCUAAUAAACGCCAGCGAGUCGAGCCAGACCCAGAGCCCACGCCUCCGCCCACAACACCCGCUAGGGCAUCCCGUCAGCGCAAUCAAACGCAGACCCAGAACUCUAGCCCGUCCGGCUCGCGCGGUACCCGCGCUGCCAAAUCACGUGCAAAUCAGAAGCUUGACGCACAAGCGAAGGAUCUCGCCGAAUUUCAGCGUCAGAUGGCUCGGAGCAAGUCUGCUAAUGCUCCUCUGACUCCGCGCCGACCUUCUGGGAUCCGGGUGAGUGCACGGCUGCGCGGUACUUUGGCAGAGGAUGAGUGGCAGGAGGUGCCGGAAGAAUGGCUUUCCGUCAAUGCGCGUGAUGGAAAGAAGGGAGAGGAGAAGAUGCUGCCUAAGGCCAAGACGAGGCUAAAGACUGGGCUUGAGAGCGAUGAAGAGUCUGUCAGUGAUCUCACGGAGCUUAGCGAGGACGAGAGCACAAAUGAGGACGCCGAGGAAGAAGCCGACAAGGAAGAGAGUGAAGAACCCAGCAUUAAAGAUGAAGAAGCCGAGGCGGAAUUCGUACCGGCCCCCAAUAAAUCAAACGGCAAGAUUGAUGUUGAUGAGGAAGACGAAGAUCAUCCACCUCUUCCCGAAGGUUUUAUUGAAUGGGAGACGAUCUGUAUCACUCUCGAAGAAUGGGAGAGCUUCCCGGAGCAAUUUGAGAAAGCCACACACUAUGCUGAGAAGUCCUUGUAUAGGGUAUUGACGCAGACUAUCGUCCCGGAAAUAACCGCCGAGCUUAGGGAGGUAGAAAAGAAGAAGCGCAAGGAAGAAGCAGUCGUGCAUCGCAAGCGUUCAUCUCGUAUUGCUAUCAAGGAAAGUGAGAAGGAGCAAGAAUUACUUGCUGCUAGGAAGCGCGCAGAGGAAGAUGAGAAGAUGGGUCGAGCCAGGAGGGCUGAAGCGCGUAGACAGAAAGAGGAGGCGGACAGGAUUAAGAGGGAGACUGCUAGAGAGCAACGCAGGAAGGAGCGAGAAGCUAAGCAGGUUGCAGAGCCUGAAGCUGAGCCCAGCGCCGACGCGCCUAUCGAUGUCGUGAGUCAAGAGCCUUCCUCGUCUGCCAUCCCGCCUGGUCAGAUGGGGAAGUUUCCAACAUUGUCCGUUCCUAUUCCGGUCAAUGGAACAGGCGCUUCUAGCAGUGGAUCGCGGACACCAGGCGAAGACUGGGAGCUGGAUUGCGAGGUUUGCGGUAGUCGUGGGUUUAACAAGGAUGAUGGUCUUCCCAUCAUGUGCUGUGGUCGGUGUUUGAAGUGGCAGCAUAUAUUAUGCCAUGACCGACGAGACGCCGCUGCGGGCCGCCCGAAACGUAACUGGGAUGCUGAGGACUUCAUCUGCAAAAGGUGUCGCGUUUCAGGAUCCAGGGCUUCUUCGUUCAGCAGCGGCAGCCAGUUACCAACGCCAACCGAUUUGAAAGCAGCGUAUGGUUCAGUUGGAACGCAGCCUUACUACAGCAACCAGUCGGGCUACUCGCAUGACCGCUAUCCCAAUGGGAGCUACUACUCUGGCGGCGCGCCAAGUGGGAGAUACAGCUACGAUCACCAGUCUGACGUAAGGUCAUCUGGCAUGCCUUCUCAGUCUUACACUCAAGCUCCCCGUACGUCUGGUGGAGUCACGUUUGCGCACUAUCAACCUCAGCAAGGCGGAUUUUCGACAUCACGUCCAUCUUACUCCGUUCAAGAGCCGGUUCCGUUAACUCAGCAGACACGCUAUUCGCAGUCUACAUCUCCGGUACCGGUCAGUGGAGUCGGUCAAUACCCCGGGCCCUUCCAGCCCUCCAGCUAUUCUCGGAACGAAUACAUGAACGCAGUUCUCCCACCUCCUCCAUACGUCUCCUCACAACAACAACCAUACUAUCCCGGAACCCCCACCACAAGCAACUCAGUCCCGUACUCUCAAAUGCAUAGUACAAACCACCAGUCCAUGUCACAGUAUUCCGGAUACCAACACACCGCUCCUUACCAACAGAGUAGAUGAGUUUUGUUACAUACGCACGCCCGCACUUCUGUCGUAAGGAACUUUUUUUUGAUUUAUCAAGAUAUUCGUAAGUGGACGUACAUGUGUAGUGAUGGAGGAGAUGAUGUAGAGUACUUGGAUGUUUUGUAAUGAAUGUGCUUUCGUUGGACUGGCAUUAGACG